AUGAUCCAGCCAAUUCAUAUUUAUGUUGUUUGUGAACGAUUGCUUUAUUUAUAUGAACUCAAUUUUAAUGUUCAGUACUUGGAGACGACAACAAAAGAGGAUUGGCUUGACACCCAAUUUGUAUCAUAUGGUACCCCUGAAGAGCCUCUGACAUCCAUGCCUUUUGGGCCCAAGUUCUUGGCUCAAAAACUUUAUCAGUUAUGCUCUCCUGAGGAUGUUGCAUUAGCAUCGUCAUUGAUAAGGCCAAGCUCUCUGUUUAUCGAAGAUCUAUCAAAGGUGAAGUAUUUCACGGACGAAGGGUUUGGAUCAGUGAAGAAAGUUUAUAUAAUCUGCACUGAGGAUAAAGUAUCACCAAAAGAAUUCCAGCAAUGGCAAAUUGACAACAAUGGAACCGUCAUCGAAGCAAAGGAGAUCAAAGGUACUGAUCAUAUGGCAAUGCUAUGUAUGCCCAAACAACUUUGUGACACUCUCUUGGAGAUUGCCCAUAAAUACAAUUGAUCCAUCUCAACAUCUUCUACUCUUUUGAAUAAUUAGUAGUUGUUGCUUUCAACUUGAGAAAACAUAUGAUUGUGCUGUUUUUUAUGUAUUGAAGAAUGUGUGAUGAGAUAAUUGAACUGUGUCAAUUC